GAUCCGACUGCCGGGAGGUUUGGCUAGGAUCCAGUUUAACAGCUGAGAAUCCUCACGCUAUAUACUGCAACCUUCGCUUUACAGAUUAUUUUAAAUCCGAAGCUUGCGUGAUAGCUGGAUUUCUUUGUUUCCACUCUUACUAAAUGUGGUCAUGUUAAAAUUAUUAGAUAGUUACUGCGUCAAAACAUUGCCACCAAAAGUUCUUUACCUGCCAGAUUUCAUCAAUGAAAAAGAAGAACAAGAACUACUUGAACAUAUUUAUGCUGCUCCACUACCAAAGUGGGUUUCUCUACGUCGUAGACGGUUACAAAAUUGGGGUGGAAUUCCUGAUGUUAAAGGGAUGUUAACUGAAAACAUUCCACAGUGGUUACUUAAGUACAUGAAUCGUGUUUCUGAUUUGUGUUUAUUUGAUAACAACAAUAACAAGGCGAAUCAUGCUUUGGUGAAUGAAUAUGAACCAGGACAAGGUAUAUUUCCUCAUCAUGAUGGACCACUAUACUAUCCCGUUGUUGCUACAAUCAAUCUGAAUUCUUAUGGAAUCUUGGAUUUUUAUGAGCCUUUGGAUACAUCUGAAGACCAACAAACAAAAUCAACAUUAUUAAAUGAUCGUUAUAUUGGUUCAGUUUAUUUGAAACCUCGUAGCUUAAAUAUUGUUACUGAACAAAUGUACACACAUUAUAUGCAUGGAAUUGCUGAACGUACAACUGAUUUAUUAAUAAAUCAUGAAGAUUGUUCUAGACGUUCUGAGGAACUGGCUGACAAUGCUACUGUUAUUCACAAUUGGAAUGCUACUAACCUGGAAAGCACUCAAUCGCAGUUAUGUCAUCGUGGUAAACGUGUCUCAGUAACUAUUCGUUAUGUACCUCGUGUGAGUAAGAUCAACUGGAAUACUUUAUUACGCAGGAAUUAAACUGUAUCUAUUUUGUUUACGAAUAUAACUGUUGUUAAU